CCUUUUUGUUUGUUUGUUGUUUGACUCUAGCUAUUUUCAGGACCUCGCUCUGUGUCAUACUGCUCUCUGCUCUGGGAAAGAUGGCGUGUUCCUUGGACUUCUCUUUGCGGAGAGACUUCUUCUUUAUCCUGCUUCUCCAGGUGUCCAUGUGGGGCUCAGAUUCAUUUUCGGUGAUUGGCCCCUCGGAGCCCACUGUGGCCAUGCUGGGUGCCGACACGGUGCUGCCCUGUCGCGUGUUCCCAGCCAUGAGCCUGGAGAACAUGGAGCUCCGCUGGUUCCGCUCCCAGUUCUCAGAAGCUGUGUAUGUAUAUCAGGACGGGAUGGAGCAGACAGGAGAACAGCUGGUAGAUUUCAGAGGGAGAGCAGAGCUGGUGAAAGACUACAUCACUGAGGGAAGAGUGGCUGUGAGAAUCCACAGCCUCCGCGUCUCAGACGAUGGAAUGUACAAAUGUUUUUUUAAAAAGGGAAGUGAUUUUGAAGAAGCCGUUUUGGAGCUAAAAGUGAUAGGUCUGGGUUCCAAUCCUCAUAUUUUCAUGGUGGGUCCAGAAGAUGGAGGAAUACGGCUGAAGUGCACAGGCAAAGGAUGGUUUCCCCAGCCUGAAGUUCAGUGGAAAGAUGCAAAGGAGGAGAGGAUCCCAUCUCUCUCUGAAGACCAGACGCAAGACGAUGAUGGGUUGUUUCAGACUGAGGCGUCUCUCAUUGUGAGAGACAGCUCAAAGACAGAAGUGUCCUGUUCCAUGAAGAACCCCUUCUUUGGACAAGAGCAAGUGGAAACCAUUUUUAUCCCAGAGCCCUUCUUCCCUAGGACCUCUCCUUGGAAGGCAGCAUUUGCUGUGACUUUCGUGAUACUUGGGAUUUCCAUUGGUGCUAUUGUGUAUUUGGCUCUGAAAGAAAAACAGGAAAAGAAAAAUGUAUCAGAAGUUGAGAAGGAAAAGGAGAAAGAAAGAAAAGCCAAAGAAUCACUUGAGAAGGAGCUUGCCAGAAGGAAGACAUUAUAUCAGCAAGAUUGGAGAAAAGCAGAGUUAUAUGCUGACUGGAGAAAGGAACUGUUCAAAGCAGUGGAUGUUACUCUGGAUCCAGACACAGCUUAUCACAAGCUCAAGUUAUCUGAGAGCAGAAAACAAGUUUAUUUAAAAGAGAAUGAUCCUCAGAAUGGUGACGCCUCAACACACCAAGAGCAAGAAGAGUCUGAAACCAUCUCCAGUGUUUUGGGCCAGGAUGACCUUACCCCAGGGAGACAUUGCUGGGAGGUAGAAGUGAGUAUGAAGACAGAAGUUGGAUCUGGAACUAGAUGUGCUCUGGGUGUUUGUGCAGUUAUAGCAAAAAGAGAGGGCUGGUUUGCAGAAAGUCCAGAGAAGAAUUUCUGGGUGGUAACAUACAAGGAAGGAGAAGUCAUUUCCCAGAAAGGGUCUCUGUCACUGAGACAGUGGCCCCGCAGGAUUGGAGUUUUCCUGGACUGGGAUGCUGGGAACGUGUCCUUUUACAACAUGAUCGAUGGGUCCCACAUCCAUUCUUUUACUGGAAUCUCCUUCUGCGGAGAACUUCGUCCUUAUUUUAGUCUUCAGGGUGAUGGCACAUCUUUGACUAUCUGCUCAGCUUCAGAUAACAAUGAAAAUUGUCCUGAUUUUUCUGCAAAGGCCUCUGUAACUCAUUUGAGUAGUUGUGAUCUAAGUGUCCCCGAAGAAGCUAACUCUCUAUUAUGUCCAUAAGAAGUGAAGUGUCGGCACAUCUGCUGCCCCCGCCUGAACUUCUUAUGGGUGUUUCUCCAAGAGCAGGUCAGCCUCACUGGGUAUGAACUCAGCCCCUUGCAAAGAGACAGGGAGACGGGGAGAGAAAUGGGAACAGCUGGAAAACGUCUGGGGGAAUUUCCUCUAGUGCUACCUUUGGGGAAGCCCUCUUUGUGGACAGCAACGAUUUGUCAUAAGAAAACUCCAGCUAAACGCAUGGGCCUUUCUUCAGUUCUGGCACUUACUGUGUUUUGAAGUAAAUAUGUUUAAAGCUACAUUUAAAAAGAAAAUCUCUCUUCCUACUAUUUUUGUUAUCAAAUAUGGAGGAGGGUGUGGUGCAUGAAGGGAAGGGUCCCAGUUGAGUAAAUUCUUAAUACACAGGCUACGGUUGGAGAUACACAGAAAUCUGCUCAAGUCUUUUAAAAGUUAAUGACUCAGCUUGUCUUUCCUUAGACUUUGGUGUCCAUCAACUUCUAAACUUGGACUUUGCCAAGGGGUGGGGAGGACUAAUAAAUAACUAUAAAUCAUUUGAGCAGGAGACCAAGCCUUCUGGGAAGGAAGAGCACCCCCCCUCAUUUUUUUAAACAAGUUCUCACUGAUCAGCAAGUCCAGAAUUGUAAGUAUGUGAAUGUAAAAGGAAUGGGCAUUGCAAUGUAUGUUUUCGGAGAAAAAAGUCAUUUCUUUCUGACCAUGUUCUUCCCGCUGUUGAGGGUUUCCUUUGCCUUUAAUCCAUCUAAGCCUCUGCAGCUAUUUAUUACAAAGCUUGCGUCUUCCAGAAAGUAAUAUAUGAGCGUCUCCUGUCAAAUAAAUCCUGUCUUUCUGACAAUAAAAGAGAUCAACUUAGACCCACUUAGAUUUUUCUGUACAACCAGCUGAUCCUUAAAUGGCAAGUCCCUUUAACAAUUUCUUUUGGAAGAUAUAUCUCUUUGGCAAAAUUUCCCUAAAACACGGCCACUAGAGGGCAAAGCCAGUAUUUGAACCCAAGAAGAAUAAAUCCAGAUCCCAGAAUAUUAACUUUACUGAAUUAAGGCAACGUUUUAAAUGGCAAGAAAUAGUAAAAGCGGGAGAGAGGCAAGUAAACGGUGGGAAAAUAUUAGUAGGUAUAAUCAAAUGGACAUGUGGGGGUAACAGCAAAAUGGGUACAAAUGGUAUUGGAAGUAUGGCAUGGAACAGGAAGGGCAGUGGGUUCAGUUUUGGGUAUUUGACUUUUGUUUAUACUCAAGACAUUCAGCAUGAGGUUACCAAAUGAGUUUUUAGUAUGUAUCCUGCAAGAAUUAAAAAUUCCUAGUUUAUUCUAUAGCAGAAUUCUUCUACCUGUCACUUCACUCACUUUAGUGGUUUUUUGUCCUUCUAACUUAGACAUUGGGGAGCAAAGGCUGGAGGUGUUCAGUGAAAGACUAUGUGACAGUUGAUGCUCUAUUGGAAUCAGGGUUAUAGAAAUGUUUUCAGGGACACCACCAUCCAACAUAACCUCAUCUCUAGCUGCGGGUAAGUCAACAAGCAGUGAAGGGUCUCCAAGUAGCCCGUGGUUUCCAGCAAUGUAAUAAUCUUAAAUUCACCACCUGACUCCAUCAAUUGAUUCCUAUUGCUAGACUACUCUGGCCAUCCCAUUUUGAGUAGAGUUCAAGAAGAUUUGGUAAGACAUUCAAAAAACAAAGAGACUUCACUAGAAGAAAGAAAUAUCUUAGGGCAGGAAUUAUGUCUUAUUAAGCAUUUUACUCUAGGACCUAGCCCAGUGAAUUCUACAGAUAAGGUAUUUAAUAAAUAUUCUAUUUAUGAAUCUAUUCACACAUUCCACAGAUGUUUGUUGACCAAUGAAUAAAUGCCAUUUUUCUAGGUUGUGAGGAUACACAGAAAAGAAUAAUAUCACUGCCUUAAUGGAACUUAUAGUCUACUGACAAGUGAGGACAAAGUCCUGCAGGGGGGUUGACAGAAUUACUCUCUCUGGUUUCUUCCUGUCCUUUCCUUGAAACUGAGAUCCAUCCAAUCUGCACAUCUGUUGUGAGAGUUGCCACGCUUUGCAUGACUACAGCCAGCCCUCUGUGCAUCAGCGGUGAGAAGGAACGGGGUCCUUGAUGGGCCGAUCCAGUUACUCAUCCGUUAGUCACAGUGAUUGUUUCCAUGUUUGGGGCGUCUUAUCCAAGCACCAACCAGUCUCUUUCCCUGUGGGUUUUCUACUUGGAAUUGGAACUGAGAAAGUAAAUCAACCCCCAAUUGGGGAAGCUAACAGAAAAUAUGUUUCUUAAUACAUAGUGAAAGAUUUUGACUGAUGAAAAACACAUUUCAUGACACUCUCCUAGGGAAAAUGUAUGUAUUUAUCUAUUGGGCCUAUACAAGCCCAUAGGACUAACAAGAAAAGAAUUAGGUUGAAUGGGCAGGCCAAUUCAAAAAAAAGAAAAGAAAAGAAAGAAAAGGAAAAGAAAGGACAGUUAACCUCAGACAUUAUUAAAUAAAAUAUUUUUAAUUAUAUUAAAUCAUAACAAAGUAACAUCAAAAAUAUUUUAAGGCUGCUAUAUUUAUUAACAAAUUUGUCUUAAAAAAUAUAAGGGGUACAUAAAGGUGUGUCAAAAAUGUUUGUACCAAAAACAUGUAAAUCAUUUAUGAAAUCCCAGAAAAUGUACAAUACACAAAGUGAACCUUGAUGUAACUCUGGACUUUAGUUGAAAAUAGUGUAUCGGUAUCAGUUCAUGAGUUGUAACAAAUGUACUACACUGAUCAAGCUGUUAAUAGCAGAGGAAACAGAGGGGUGAGAGGAGAGGGAUAUGGGAGUGCUCCGGAUUUUCCACUCAGUUUUGUUGUAAACCUAAAACAUCUCUUGAAGUACUGGUACAUGCUACAACAUGGAUGAACUUUGAAAACAUUUUGCUAAGUAAAAAAAUACAGACACAAAAAAAAUCCACAUAUUUUACAACUGCAUUUGCAUUUAUGUGAAAUACCCCAUAUAGGUAAAUUCACAGAGACAGAAAGUAGAUUGGGGGCUGGAGGCAGGGGGAAAUGGGUACGACUGCUUGACGGUUAUAGAGUUUCCUUUUGGAGUAAUCAAAAUAUUCUGGAACUGGAUACUGAUGGGGGUUGCACAUAUUGUGAGGGUAAAAAUACGAGUGAAUUGUACACUUUAAAAUAGCUUAAACAAUCAAUUUUAUGUGAUGUGUAUUUUACCACAAUUGAAAAAAUGUAAAACUAAAUAAAAUAAAUGUGUAAACAUU